AUGGAUGAGCAAGACUCAGCUGGCCCUGAAGCAGGAAGAGGCCAUGCCAUGGAAACGGGGAGCAGUGGGGGAUUCUGGGAAAACUCUGUGAAGAAGGAACUGGGUGAGGAGGACACCCCUUGCUCAGAGGUGCAGAGCCAGCAGCUCAGGCAGUUCUGCUACCAGGAGGCCAAAGGACCUCGAGAAAUUUGCAGCCAAUUAUACCACCUUGACCAUCAGUGGCUGAAGCCAGAAAGGCACACAAAAGCUGAGAUGCUGGACCUGGUGAUCUUGGAGCAGUUCCUGGCUGUCCUUCCUCUGGAGAUGGAGAACUGGGUGAGGGAAUGCGGAGCGGAGACCAGUUCCCAGGCGGUGGCCCUGGCCGAAGGUUUCCUCCUGAGUCAGGCAGAGGAGAGGAAGCAGGCAGAGCAGCAGGUGAGAGAGACUUUCCUCUGGAUACUCCCAAGGGGCUCCAAAGAGGAGGGAGAGCAUUCCCAAAUCAACUCCUAAUGGCCCAUCCUUUUUUGGAAAGCAUCUAGGAACAGAUAUUAUUAUUAUUUAUGACACCCAUGUGGCUGGGUGCCUUCCAGCACAUAUAAAAGCAUAAGAAGACAUCAGAUGUCUUCUAAAAGUUAUGCAUUUUCUUAUCUCCUUAUCACCUGAUGGGAGGGCAUUCCCCAGGGUGGGUCCCACUGUGGAGAAGGUCUUCUGCCUGGUUCCCUGUAACUUCACUUAUCACAGUGAGGGAAUCAGCAGAAGACCCUCGGAACUGGACCUCAGUUCAUGGAGACGCUCCUUUGGGUAUACUGGGCCUUUGAGGCCAACACUUUGAAUUGUGCUGGGAAACGUUCUGGGAGCCAGUGAAGAUCCUUGAGGACCAAUGUUUCAUGGUCCUGGCAGCCAACCCCAGACACCAGUCUAGCAGAAGCAGGAAGCAGCUUUCACCUCUGUCCCCGAAAGCGCUUGCCUCUGCCAUUCCUUCUCUAACCCUUCUCCCCAUUCUCUGUUUUGAAUCCUUGUUGCUCUUUCAGAGGAAGGAUCUUUUGGCAGAAAUGGGUCUUGAGUCUUCUGAGGCAGAGAAGACUCCGCUGGACACCAGAGUGAGGCCUCUGGGUAAGGAGGAAGGAGUGUUUUCUCCCCCGUUUUGUCACAUUCUCUUGGUUUUGAAACUAAUCUGUGAUUUCUUUGCAUCUUUUGGGGGAGGACACCUGGCGCUCAGAGGGGGGGAGAUGUAUUUUUGCACAACUAUUAUAUGAAAUGGGUACAAAUGUCCAAAUGUACUCAGCAGGGGAGACAUUUACGAUAGUAAUUUGAUUAGUUUACAAUUACAGUUCUAUAAUAGCCUCAUUAUAACAAUGCGAAAUUACAAUACAAUUAGUAAUACCAAUCUUUAAGAUAUCAAAUUAUAUAAUAUAGGUGCCCCCCCCCCGCAUGCUAAAACCGAUGUUUGGUGAUUUUCUUGAUUUCUGCAUUCCAAAAUCUUAUUAAUUUCAAUUACACUCCUGUCGAGAUAACAAUCCUUUAUACAACAGCUGCAGUAUUAAUGACUUCCAUUCGUAUGGAAACAUCAAAUAAUAUUUGUUGUUGUUUAGUCGUGUCUGCCUCUUCGUGACCCCCUGGACCAGAGCACGCCAGGCCCUCCUGUCUUCCACUGCCUCCCGCAGUUUGGUCAGACUCAUGUUUGUAGCUUCGAGAACACUGUCCCACCAUCUCGUCCUCUGUCGUCCCCUUCUCCUUGCGCCCUCCAUCUUUCCCAACAUCAGUGUCUUUUCCAGGGAGUCUUCUCUUCUCAUGAGGUGGCCAAAGUAUUGGAGCCUCAGCUUCAGGAUCUGUCCUUCCAGUGAGCACUCAGGGCUGAUUUCCUUCAGAAUGGAGAGGCCUGAUCUUCUUGCAGUCCAUGGGACUCUCAAGAGUCUUCUCCAGCACCAGAAUUCAAAAGCAUCCCUUCUUCGGCGAUCAGCCUUCUUCAUGGUCCAGCUCUCACUUCCAUACAUCACUACUGGGAAAACCAUGGCUUGAACUAUACAGACCUUUGUUGGCAAGGUGAUGUCUCUACUUUUUAAGACGCUGUCUAGGUUUGUCAUUGCUUUCCUCCCAAGAAGCAGGCGUCUUUUAAUUUCGUGACUGCUGUCACCAUCUGCAGUGAUCAUGGAGCCCAAGAAAGUAAAAUCUCUCACUAAUAAUAAUAAUAAUAAUAAAUUAUAUUUAUAUCCCACCCUCCCCAGCCGAAGCCAGGCUCAGGGCGGCUAACAACAAUCAAAUAAUCCAACAUUCUAAAAACAUCUCAUUCUAAAAAUUAAUUAAAAUCAAAUUGAUGGCAACCGUUAAGCAAAAUUCUGUGCAGAUUGCUAGAGGAGGGAGUCAGGCUGCGCCCUGACCAAAAGCCUGGUGGAACAGCUCUGUCUUGCAGGCCCCGCAGGGCCCUAGUCCCUUGUGACAGAGCUUUCCACCGGAUCGGGGCCAUAGCCGAAAAAGCCCUGGCUCUGCUUGAGGACAGCCUAACUUCCCUGUGGCCCAGGAUCUCCAAGAUGUUCUUGUUUUAAGACCGUAAGGUCCUCUGUGGGACAUACCAGGAGAGGCAGUCCCGUAGGUACGAGGGUCCUAGGCUGUAUAGGGCUUUAAAAGUUAAAACCAGCACCUUAAACCUGAUCCUGUACUCCAUCGGGAGCCAGUGCAGCUGGUAUAGCACUGGGUGAAUGUGAUCUCGCAGCGAAGACCCCGUAAGGAGUCUCGCCGCGGCAUUCUGCACCCGCUGGAAUUUCUGGGUCAGUCUCAAGGGCAGCCCCACGUAGAGCGAGUUACAAUAAUCCAGUCUGGAGGUGACCGUCGCGUGGAUCACAGUGACUAGGUCAGGGUGAGAGAGGUAAGGAGCCAACUGCUUAGCUUGGCGGAGAUGGAAAAAUGCCGCCUUUUAGGGCGACCAGAGCCGUCUCGGUCCCAUGACCAGCAUGGAAGCCGGACUGGAAUGGAUCCAGAGCCGAUGUUUCAUUCAGAAACCUGCCAAGCUGUUCAGCAACCGCUCUCUCAAUCACCUUACCCAGGAAUGGAAGAUUCGAAACCGGGCGGUAAUUGGAUAGAUCUAAGGCAGGGGUCUGCAACCCGCGGCUCCGGAGCCGCAUGUGGCUCUUUUACACCUUUGCCGCGGCUCCGGGGCGGAUGGAUACUAGCGAGGGGAGGAGGCGCAUUGUGGCGGGCGCUGUACUGGCUGUGACGUCGCACGGGGCGGUGCGUGCGUUAGUCACGCACCGUCCCGACGUCACCUUCCCGCCCGCCUGCUACAUUGUAAGGGGCAUGUACGCUGGUCACUGCAUUGAAAGGGGGCAUGUACGCUGGUCACUGUUUUGAAGCGGAGUGAAGAACGCACACACACAAAAAGGUUAAUUUAGCAUUUAUUUCUAUGAGGAGGAGUAAUUCUGAGGGGUCAAACAAAUAAAUAAUAAAACAAAGUGACAAAAAAGUUAUUUUUAUAAUGAUGAGUUUUGCGGCUCCCAGUUUUUUUUUCUUCGGAUACGGGUCCAAGUGGCUCUAUUUGUCUUAAAGGUUGCAGACCCCUGGCCUAUAGCAUCUGUCCCCACUGCCAUACCUCCCUCGCCCCUCUACGGUAGCAAUCCCAAGCCUCAUACUAGCCUCCAUUUACAAAAUAGAAAAACAAACCAAACCAAAAACAAUUAUACCUAAACAAAACCAAUCCCCACCCCACUCAAUAUCCAACCCCAAACCAAAAUAAAAUGGAACAAAAUAAAAAUACAUAAAUAAAAACCACUGUUCACGGUGGUACAACCAAGUAAAAAGUAAAAACACCUUUAAAACACUUUAAAAUAUAUAAAAACAUUUUUAACAUUUGCUGCAGCAGCACCAGUGUCCUUAAAUCUUAGAUCACCAAUAGUCCUUAGAUCACCAAUAGUCAGCAUGGAUUUCUGAAAAAUAAGUCAUGUCAGACUAACCUGAUCUCGUUUUUUGACAGAAUUACAAGCCUGGUAGAUGAAGGGAACGCAGUGGAUGUAGCGGAACCGGAAGCUAGUAGGGGAGACUUGGACAAGCCCCAUCUGUACUUAGAGAUGCACUUACAGUUUCCCACUUUCCUUGGUCUCUCCCAGGUGACGGAAUGAUGCCACCAAGACCUGCUCCUUCAUCUUUUCAUGGUGGUGGAGGGGAGGCAGCAGCUGUGGACCCAGAUCAGGUAGGGGGAAGGAGCCUUGUGGGGAAGGACUGCUUGGAUGCAGACUGGCUGGACACAGUUGGAUGCAGAGGAAUGGUGGGAGGAGCCAGAGAAGAGGGAGCCGACUGGGAGGAGGAGGAGGAGGAGGGGUCUGAAGCUGGAGAGGGAAGAGGGCUCAGGGAGCAGAGGGAGUCUGUGGCAGAGAGCAGCCCAGACUCCGAGGCAGAAGCUGCAGCAGGAGAGAGGGAUGAGGAAGGCAGAGAGGGGUCUGGCCGCUGUAGAAAACAACAGAGCCAAGUGAAUGUUCUCUAAGAGGACAGCCUUUUUCCUGUUCUGUUAGGGUCCAGUGUGCUUUGAAGAUGUGGCUGUCCAUUUCACAGACGAGGAGUGGGCGUUGCUGGAUCCUGACCAGAGAGCUCUCCAUAAGGAAGUCAUGGAGGAGAAUCGUGGGAUCUUGGACUCUCUCGGUAAGGCUCCCUAUUGGAUCAUCCUAUCUGUUUUGUAAUUCAAGACAUCUCUCUAUGUGAUGAACUCUGAUAUUUUGAUAGGGCUCAACAGCGCCACCCACAGCACCUGGGAUGUUAACACUCCCACAGCAAACCUUGGAGGGAUGGCUAUUGAUUGUUUUCCCUGUAAAUAUUCUUCCUCCAGUUCUGUCGUUUAAAACCAUGAUCAGGCUAUCUGAACUGCCCAGGCCUUCUUAAAUGUAGGAUUCAGAGUGAUUUGGGGUGUUGAAGUAGCUUCAGUCAAGUUUCCUGCUUUUGUUCUUGCUUGUGUCUCUCUCUGGUUGACCAAAGAGUCGCUUGACAUUGGAGAUGGCACAGAUUCCACGACUGAACCAAACAAACUCCAUCCCAAAACAGAGACAGGCUUUUUGAAUCUCAGGCAGUGAACCCUGUAGUAACAAUAAUGAUAAUAUUAUUAUUUUUACCCUGCCCAUCUGACUGGGUGGCCCCAGCCAACAAAUAGAAAAACAUAAUCAAACAUCAAACAUUAAAAACUUCCCAAUACAGAGGUGCCUUCAGAAGUCCUCUAAAAGUUGCAUAGUUAUUUCCUUGACAUCUGAUGGGAAGGCGUUCCACAGGGUGGGUGCCCCUAUCGAGAAGGCCCCCUGCCUCGUCCCCUGUAACUUCUCACAAUAAAGUUACAUGUAAGUACAGUGGUACUUCGGGUUAAGAACUUAAUUCGUUCCUUAGGUCUGCUCUUUUUUUAUAUAUAUAUAAGAUAUUUAUUAAGAUUUUUUAAAAUAUUACAAUAAAAGUGAAAAAAAUAACAAAAAUACAAAAUAAAAAUGGUUAAAAACACCCAGAUUUUCCAUUACUUAUUUUCCUUUAGCUUGUUUCCCAGACUUCCUCAUACUUCCCUUUUUGUAUUCCACUUCAAUCUGUUGGUUCAGCAAAUCCGUACCCUCUUUAAUUAUCCUAAUCCUUGAUUUUAAAAAUAAUAGCAUUAGAUUUUUACCUAUUUAUAACCCUUUUUUCAUAUUCCCUUAAAGCAUUACAGCUGGAAACCACUUAAUUUCUAUCCAACAUCAUUCUAACAUUCAUUAAUUUUACAAUAUUUCUAUAGAUAAUCUUUGAAUUUCUUCCACUCUUCUUCCACCGACUCUUCUCCCUGGUCUCGGAUUCUGACAGUCAUUUCUGCCAGUUCCAUAUAGUCCAUCAGCUUCAUCUGCCAUUCUUCCAGAGUGGGUAGAUCUUGUGUCUUCCAAUACUUUGCAAUGAGUAUUCUUGCUGCUGUUGUGGCGUACAUAAAAAAGGUUCUAUCCUUCUUUGGCACCAAUUGGCCGACUAUGCCCAGCAGAAAGGCCUCUGGUUUCUUCAAGAAGGUAUAUUUAAAUACCUUUUUCAGUUCAUUAUAUAUCAUUUCCCAGAAAGCCUUAAUCCUUGGGCACGUCCACCAAAGGUGAAAGAAUGUACCUUCAGUUUCUUUACAUUUCCAACAUUUGUUAUCGGGCAAGUGAUAAAUUUUUGCAAGCUUGACUGGGGUCAUGUACCACCUGUAUAUCAUUUUCAUAAUAUUCUCUCUUAAAGCGUUACAUGCCGUAAACUUCAUACCUGUGGUCCACAACUGUUCCCAGUCAGCAAACAUAAUGUUAUGUCCAAAAUCUUGUGCCCAUUUAAUCAUAACAGAUUUCACCGUUUCAUCCUGAGUAUUCCAUUUCAACAGCAAGUUAUACAUCUUUGACAAAAUCUUAGUUUUAGGUUCUAACAGUUCUGUUUCUAAUUUUGAUUUUUCCACCUAGAAGCCAAUUUUCUUGUCCAAAUUAUAUGCCUCCAUUAUCUGAUAAUAAUGAAGCCAGUCUCGCACUUUAUUUUUUAGUUUCUCGAAACUCUGCAGUUUCAGUGCAUCUCCAUCUUGUUCCAAAAUUUCCCAAUAUUUUGGCCAUUUGGCCUCCAUAUUGAGCCUUUUCAGAGCUUUCGCUUCCAUCAGUGACAGCCACCUUGGGGUUUUGUUUUCCAAUAAAUCCUUGUAUCAAACAUGAAACAAUGCUUUCCUGACAAUAUGGUUUUUAAAUGCUUUAUGCGCUUUGACCUUGUCAUACCACAGAUAUGCAUGCCAUCCAAAUACAUUGUUAAAACCUUCUAGGUCCAAAAUGUCUGUGUUUUCAAGAAGUAGCCAUUCUUUCAACCAGCAAAAAGCUGCUGAUUCAUAGUAAAGUUUAAAGUCUGGCAGGGCAAAUCCACCCCUUUCCUUUGCAUCAGUUAAUAUCUUAAAUUUUAUUCUGGGCUUCUUGCCCUGGCAGACAAAUCUAGAAAUAUCUCUCUGCCACUUCUUGAAACAAUCCAUCUUGUCCACAAUUUGCAAUGUUUGAAACAAAAACAGCAUUCUAGGCAAUACAUUCAUUUUUAUCACAGCAAUACGACCCAACAGUUAAAGCUUCAAAUUUGACCAAGUUUCUAAAUCUUUUUUCACUUCCGUCCAACAUUUUUCAUAAUUAUCUUUAAAUAAGUUCCCAUUUUUAGCUGUCAUAUUAAUCCCCAGUGUCAGGGAACUGACAUCGGAGCGAGAGGCGAAGGGGAGGCUCCUAGAUGAUGCUGGAGAAGGACCCAGCAGCAGGGGGAGAAACAGCUCAGUAGAGGGGGAAGCAUUUAAGCGCAACACCAGGGAUAAAGGGGGGCAGAUGGGGGAAUCGGAGAGAGGGCUCCAGGACUCUUCACUGGAACUCAGUGAGGAGGGGACAGGUCCUCCGCUACCCACGCCCUCCCUGAGCAGAAGACUCCCGCGCAGUGAGAGGAGGAGGAGACUGGGUGUCAAACAACUUUUAUGUUGGAAGAGGUUCAAGAAACGCCCACUGACGGAUUCUGCCAGCGACUGAGGCAGUCACAAUUAGAAAGGGCUGUGCAGUCAGAAAGGUUUAACAAGGCAAAUUAGCCUAGAGAGGCACCAGUUUACGCACGAGUAACUCAUACUUAUCACACCCAGGUAUUUCACUUUCUUAACCACAGUCAAACCUGUCUCAUUCUGAAACCUCUCUCUUUCAAUCAGUGUUAAAUUUUUCUCUAAAACCUUAGUUUGUAACUUGUUCAGUUUAAAUCCUGCCACUUGACCAAAUUCUUGAAUUAGUUCUAAAACCCUUUUAGUACUAGAUUCUGGCUCCUGUAACGUCAAUACUAAGUCAUCUGCAAAUGCUCUCAGUUUGUACUGUUUGGCUCCGACCUGUAUGCCUUUAACCAACCGGUCCCUUCUAAUCAUAUUCAGCAGAACCUCCAGGACCGAUAUAAAAAGCAGUGGGGAGAUUGGGCACCCCUGUCGUGUCCCUUUUUCUAUCUUAAAUUCUUCCGUCACCACAUUAUUUACAAUUAAUUUAGCCUUUUGUUCAGAGUAUAUUGCACCUAUACCAUUUUCAAAACCUUGGCCUACCCCCAUCCCCUGUAGGUUCUUCUUCAUAAAACUCCAAGAGAUGUUGUCAAAGGCUUUCUCUGCGUCCACAAAUAUCAAAACUGCUUUAGUAUUUAUAUUCACUUCUAAUUUUUCCAAAAUAUCAAUUAUAUUCCUCAAAUUAUCAGACAAGUGUCUUCCCGGGAGAAAGCCCGCUUGGUCUUUAUGAAUCUCUUCCAUCAAUACUUUAUCAAUCUCUUGGCCAAAAUGUCUGCAAAAAUUUUGUAAUCCACAUUAAGUAACGAUAUAGGUAGUUCUUAAGCUGAGUCUUUUCAGUCUCUGUUUUCGGUAUAAGUGUAAUGUACGCCUCUUUCCACGACUCUGGUGCCCUUUUCCCUUCCAAUAUUUCAUUGCAGACUUCCUUCAAAGGUUGUACUAACCACUCUUUCAAAGAUCUAUAGUAUCUAGAAGUCAGCCCAUCCGGUCCUGGAGAUUUGCCCAAUUGCAUGUUUUGAAUGGCACCUUCUACUUCCUGUUCAGAUAUUUUGUAGUUCAACAUUAAUUUGCUUUCUUGAGAGAUUUUUUGUAAUCCAUUUGUAUUCAAAAAUCGGUCUAUAUCCAUUUCUUUCUGUGGCCCUUGUGUGUAUAAUUGUUUAAAGUACCUCUGGAAACAGUUUCUAAUCUCAAUUGGGUUGUGUAUAUUCUUUCCUUCCACUUCUAGGUUUGUAAUAGUAUUUAAUUUUUGUCUUUUUUUCAUUUGCCAGGCCAGCAAUUUCCCACAUUUGUUAGCUGAUUCAAAUGUUUUUGUCUCAUUUGUUUAAUUUUCCAUUCUAUUUCCUGAUUCAUCAUUUCCAUAUAUUGUACUUGAUAUAAUUUUAUCUCUCUCAAAAUCUCCUGCGACUUUGGUUUUGCUCUCAAUUUCUUCUCACUUUCUUUUAUUUUCUCCAAAAUUUUAUCUUUCUUCUCAUUUUGACUUCUCUUCUUUAUUGCAUUCUGUUGUAUCAGAAACCCUCUCAUAACAGCUUUGCUUGCGUCCCAGAUUACUCUUUAUUCUACAGUAGUGUUCAUAUUUAUUGCAAAAUAAUCUCUCAAAGUUUUUUGGGCCUUUUUGUAGACUUCUUCAUCUCUGAAUAAGGUGUCAUUCAUCCUCCAUCUGAAGGAGCCAGUUGAUAUUUGUUUCAUCUCCAUCCUUACAGCGUUAUGGUCGGAGCAAGUUUUUGGGCAGAUUUCCACUUUCUUUAUCUUUGGUGCCAUUCCUCUAGUUACCCAUAUUUGGUCAAUUCUAGUCCAUGUCAUCUUGGCUUCAGAAAAGAAGGUUCCCUCUCUUCCCAGGGGGUUCUUUACUCUCCAAAUGUCCACUAAGUCCAUAAUGUCUGUCAUCUCAAAAAAUGUUUUCGGUAGUCUACCAUCCUUAGUAACUACCUGUCUUUGUGCCUUGUCCAUAUUUGUUGAUACUACUCCAUUCAUAUCCCCCAUCAGAAUCAAAUUGUAAUCCAGAUAGUCCAAUAAAGUCUCAUGCAACUUUUUAAAGAAUUCAGAUUUCCCCUCAUUCGGUGCAUAUAUUCCUACAAUCAAAAAUUUCUCUCCUUGAACUUGAAUUUCAAUUGCCAAAAAUCUGCCUUGUUCGUCUUUAAAAAUUAAUUUCGGUAAUAAUCUCUCCUUUGCGUAUAUCACAACUCCUCUUUUUUUAACUUUAUCAGAUGAGAUAAACUCCUGUCCCAAUCUUUUAUUAAUCAGUAGUUUCCUGUGUAGCCUUGUUAUAUGUGUUUCUUGUAAACAAAUCAAGUCCAAUUGUUCCUUUUUUAAUAGAUGAAAAACACUUUUUCUCUUUCGAGGAGAGUUCAAACCAUUAUAAUUCCAACUUAACAGUUGCAGAGCCAUGAUGGGGUUACUUCGCUUUACCUCCAACUGCGCCAAGUGUCUGUUCUUGUUCUGUCGAUGGUGUCUCUUUCUCUGGGCCGUGCAAUCCAAAGGAUAAAUUUAAUAUGUCUAGUAUUCCUUUUUCCAGUGCUUUUGGCUCUUCUCCGGAUUCCGCUUCUUUCUGUAGAUCUUUUUCAUGAUCUUUCAAAAACCUAUCUUUAUCGUUGACUGAUCUUAUUUUUAUCUUUCUUCCUUUGUAUUUGAAGGAUAGGCCUUGAGGAAAUUCCCACCUAAAGAGAAUUCUAUUUCUUCUCAACAGGGCAACUAGGUCUCUGUAGUUAAACCUUAAGUCCAAAAGAUGUUUUGGAAUGUCCUUAAAUAUCUCCACACUUGAGUCGUCAAUUUCCAAAGUCUUUCGAUAGUGCAGACCCUCUCUCCUCUUUUGUUCGAAGAGUAAUCAAGCAGUCCCUCACCUUGUUCCUCCUUUGUCCUCUUCCAAGUCUAAAUGCACUCACUAUCUUAAAUUCUUCCUUCCCCAAGUCCUGUUGCCAAAAAUCUGUGAAUUCCUGUGUAAGAAAUUCAGCCAAAUUGUCUUUCUCACGUUCUGGUACAGCCCUGAUUCUUAAAUUUCUUUGUUUCUCUUUCAAUUCAAUCAUAGACAGUGUCAAACCGUGGUCUUCCAAUUGCUUGUAUACCGGUGGUAACUUCUCUUGAGUAGCAGUUGCUAUAUCUUUUGCUUCUUCAGCUAUCUUUCGGGUCGAAGCAGAUUCCUGUAAUAAUUUUUCAAUAGAUUCUGUAUUGGUAUUCACCUUCUGUCCCAAAUUAUUUAUGCUUGUUGUAUUCAGGUCAAUUUUAACUGAUGCUUCAGCUACUUGUUUAUUUGUCUCAGCUACCUGCUUAGCUAAAUUUUCCAAAGAUUCAUUAAUUUUUCCAAGUGCAUGUGCCAGAACGUCUUCGGACGACAUAACUUUUGGUUUGACCUGUGAAGGAGCAGCCCCUGAUGUUCCAGAUGCUCCAGAUGUUGAAGCCCUUCGCUGCUGCGCAAUGUCUGUCCGAUAGUGUCUGCCAGACCUAGUAGUUUUUUCCUGCGCCAGCUCUAACUUUCCUCUCCCAUCUGCCAUAACACUCUCAUGAGAAUUCAAGGCCAAUCCCACGGUUGAAAGUUUAUUUUGGAAUGGAAUUUUCCUCUUGUUAUUGUAGCAAUGUCAAACCUCCUCCCCCUAGAGGACACAGUAACAGCCAGAGCUUGCAACUUUUAAAAACAAAAAUAGUCCUUAUAAGUCCCCCAAUUCACCUAAAAACAACAGUUUCAAUUGCACUUAAACAGUUACUUUAGAACUUUAGAACCAGGAGAGGUCCAGAAACACUGUAUCUCUUUUGCAGAGUUAGCUGUCAAAGUCUACUGCUUACCGAUAGGCUUUCCACUGAACGACAUUCCUUGUCUAGGGGCAGUCCGUUCCCAGGUUUUAGGGAGCGGAUUUUAGCUUCCUUUUCCCCCUUUUUUUUUGCAGAUGAAUACAGUUCAAAGCUUCCCCCCUCCUCUUCUGCAAUCCGGAGGGGAGACCGCUUUCCAGAUGUUAAGAUUUAAGUCUUUUUCCAAACGUCUUUCCAAGUUACCGCUUUACAGUCUCUUUGCUUUGUUCUAUUUACAAAAAAGGAAGGCAGACUUCCUGGUUAUACCUUGCCGCUUCGGUGUCGAAUUAACUUAAUUUUUCUCCUUUUAAAUCCAAUUUAAUCCUACUCACGGGUACUUGCUUUCAAAGUCCAAUUGUCCCAGGAAAAUGUUAGCGCUCUCCGAUAACGGCUGUGCGGCUUCACUCCGCGGAAGAAGCAGUCGACUCUCAGCACCGCGCCGCUCACCCCAUCCCGCUCCGGAGCCCUUAAAAGGGUCCCUUCGCAGCUUGGGGGGGCGCAAAUGGUGCCCGCCGAGUCCCCAUGUUCACAGGCUUCCCCCGCCUGUGAUUUCUAAAGGGCCCCCGCUUUGCCGCAGCGGUAAGACCCGAUCCCGCGGAGCUGGUCCCUCCGAGACUCAGAGGGAAUCCGCCAUUAACGAUGGCACUGACCCGGAACCCGUAGGUCUGUUCGUAACCUGAAAUGUUCUUAACCUGAAGCACCACUUUAGCUCCAUAGGACGCACUUUUCCCAUCUUAAAAACUGAGGGGGAAAGUCUGGGCGUCCUAUGGAGCGAAUGCAGGGGGGGAGGCAGGCAGGAAAAGCCCCCAAGAGCCACACACAAGCUUCGCACGGCUCUUGCGGGCUUUUCCCCAGGAGGGAGAAGGGACUGACGCGGCCAGUCAGUCCCUUCUCCCUCCUGGGGAAAAGCCUUGCGCAACCUCUCCAGCCGGGGGAAGGCUGCACAAGGCUAAAGAGGAAGCCAGGGCAGCGAGCGCGAUCCAUCCUCUUUAGCCUUGCACGCCUCUCCAGCCGCGGGAGGCUGUGCGAGGCUAAAGAAGCCAACUUUUUAAAAAUCUCUCUAUCUCUACCUCUUUUUCUUUUUCCGUCCUUUCUCCACCCCCUUCUUUUCCUCUGGAUCAGUGUUUUUAUCUAACGUUUUAGUUUGAAGGGGGGGAUAUUAUGAAAAAGGAAACUUUGCAGCUUUAAUUUUGGUAUACAAUAAAAACAGAUUAAACAAAACACAAAAGAAGGAAAUAGCAUAGAAGAGGAAGAGAAAAGGGAAAGAGGGAGGAUACAAAGCCAUUUACCAGAGGUAGAUCUUAACCCUUGCCUCACCUGGGAGCUUCUCUGGGCAGGAAUUCCCUCGGCUUAAGUGGGGUGGGGGAAGAGUGGCAGGUAGGGGGGUACCUACCUAGACACUGAAGCCACAUGUCUCUCCGAUGAAAAUUGGGAGUGGGCAUUGUGUGAAGUGCCUGUGGAUCUCCUGCCGCAGAAUUGUAGGACUGUAUAGAGUUGGAAGGGCCACCCGAAGGUCAUCUAGCCCAGCCCCCUCACAAUGUAGGAAUCACAGCUAAAGAACGCCAGGCAGAUGGUCCUCCAACCGCUGCUUAAAAGCCUCUAGUGGUGGAGACCCCCAACACCUUCCAGCCCCGGUGGACAGCGGGUGUGAUCCAUCCCAUUGUGCAAGGCUAAAGAUGCUGCGCAAGGAUAAAGAGGAGGCCAAGGCAGCGAGCGGGAUGGAUCCCGCUUGCUGUCUUGGUUUCUUUGCUCUUUGGGACUGGGGGGGGGGACCUGGGCUUCCCCCGCAGCCCCAAGAAGCUCUGGGAGAAGCGGACAGGCUGUGCGCAUCCUGUCCGUGGCUCUUUGGGGCUGGGGGGGGAAUAAUAUUUUUUCCCUUGAUUUCCCCCUCUAAAAACUAGUGCGUCCUAUGGUCCGGUGAGUCCAAUAGAGCGAAAAAUACGGUAAUAAUAAUAAUAAUAAUAAUAAUAAUAAGUUUUAUUUAUAUCCUGCCCUCCCCAGCCAAAGCCGGGCUCAGGGCGGCUAACAACAAUAAAACAGUACAAAAGUACAGCAUGAACAACACUCUAAAAUCAUUCAUUAUAAAAUUAAUUAAUUCAAGCCACUGGCACCCAUUGGGCCAGAGCUCCGUGAAGAUUGCCGAGGGAGGGAGUCAGGCUGUGCCCUGGCCAAAGGCCUGGUGGAACAGCUCUGUCUUGCAGGCCCUGCGGAAAGAUGUCAAGUCCCGCAGGACCCUGGUCUCUUGUGACAGAGCGUUCCACCAGAUUGGAGCCACAGCCGAAAAAGCCCUGGCUCUAGUUGAGGCCAGCCUAACUUCUCUGUGGCCUGGGACCUUCAAGAUGUUUUUAUUUGAAGACCGUAAGUCUCUCUGUGGGACAUACCAGGAGAGGCGGUCCCGUAGGUAUGAGGGUCCUAGGCCGUAUAGGGCUUUAAAGGUUAAAACCAGCACCUUAAACCUGAUCCUGUACUCCACCGGGAGCCAGUGCAGCUGGUAUAGCACCGGGUGAAUGUGAUCUCACAGCAAAGACCUCGUAAGGAGUCUUGCUGCAGCAUUCUGCUCCCGCUGGAGUUUCUGGGUCAGUCUCAAUGGCAGCCCCACGUAGAGCAAGUUACAAUAAUCCAGUCUGGAGGUGACCGUCGCGUGGAUCACAGUGGCUAGGUCAGGGUGAGAGAGAUAAGGAGUCAACUGCUUAGCUUGGCGGAGAUGAAAAAAUGCCGCCUUUGUUAUAGCUGUAAUCUGCUCCUCCAUAGAGAGGGAGGUAUCGAAGAUUACACCCAAACUCUUAACGGACGGUGCUGGCACUAAUUGCACCCCCACAAGAGAUGGGAGUUGCCCCCCCCAAUCCCAUAUCGCCCCGUCCCAGCCACAGGACCUCUAUCUUCGAAGGAUUUAGCUUCAACCGGCUCCCAUGUAACCAUCCAGCCACAGUUUCCAAACAUCUGGUCAGUGCGUCUGGGGCCGAGUCAGGAUGGCCAUCCAUCAACAGAUAGAGUUGGGUGUCAUCGGCAUACUGAUGCCAACCCAGCCCAAAACUCCGAACAAGCUGGGCGAGGGGGCGCAUAAAGAUGUUGAAAAGCAUCGGGGAGAGUAUCGCACCCUAAAGUACUCCACACACCAAGGAGUGGCGCGAUGACAAUUCCCCCCCAAGCGCCACCCUCUGUCACCGACCAGAGAGAAACGAGCACAGCCAUUGAAGGACUGUGCCCUGGAUCCCCAUGUCGGCAAGGCGGUGGUCCAGAAGUUCGUGAUCGACCAUGUCAAAAGCUGCUGUCAGAUCUAGAAGAAUCAGCAGCCCCGACCCGACUCAAUCCAGCUGUCUACGAAGAUCAUCUGUUAGGGCAACCAGAGCCGUCUCGGUCCCAUGACCAGCGCAGAAGCCGGACUGGAAUGGAUCCAGAGCCGAUGUUUCAUCCAGAAAACCACCAAGCUGUUCAGCAACCGCUCUCUCAAUCACCUUGCCCAGGAAUGGAAGAUUCGAAACCGGGCGGUAAUUGGAUAGAUCUAAAGGAUCUAAUGAUGUUUUCUUUAAGAGCGGGCGCACCACUGCCUCCUUCAGUUCCCAUGGGAAUCUCCCCGUGCCAAGGGACAAAUUGAUGAUAUCCCCCAGGAGGGCUCGCACCUCGUCUGGACACGCGCUAAUCAGCCAAGACAGGCACGGGUCGAGAGGACAGGUGGUGGGCUUUCCAGCUCGGAGGAGUCUGUCCACAUCGGCUGGGGAUAUCCGGUUGAAGUGGUCCAAUACUGGACCCGAGGACAGUCGAGGGGCCUCCAGUACCUUUAUUGUAUCCAAAUUGGCCGGGAGGACGUGGCAGAGCAACAAGACCUUCUCCGCAAAAACGCUCGCAAAAGCCUCACAGCUGUGUGUCAAAUUGUUAUUUAAAUUUGGCUGUCCCUCAAGGGACAUUAAAGACCUGAUUAUACUAAAUAAUUGCGCCGGGCGAGAGCUGGUGGAUGCAAUGGAGGCCGAGAAGUAUGACUUCUUAGCAGCCUUCACCACCAUCUCGUAGGUUUUCAUAAAAGCCCUAUAAGAUGUUCUUGAGGCUCCGUCACGGGCACCCCGCCAUACUCGCUCUAGCCGUCUGAGGUCCCGCUUCAUUUUCUGGAGCUCCUCGGUAAACCAGGGAGCCGGGUUUCUGUGGGGUCGCAGAGGGCGCUUAGGUGCGAUCUCAUCUAUGGCUGCCAGGAGCUGGGUAUUCCAGCCCUCAACAAGCUCAGUCAAUGAGUCGCCAAGGGGAGCAAGGUCCCGCAAGGCUUGGCGGAAUCUAUCAGGGUCCAUCAGCCUCUGCGGGUAAGCCCAAAUUGGCUCGCCAUCUAAGCAGGGUGGGGGUGGAAAGUCAAGCCUGGCUUUCAGAGCGUAGUGAUCAGACCAUGGCACCUUCAUCGAAGGAGACAUGAUCACAUCUAUACCGACGCCAAAGAUCAAAUCCAGCGUGUGGCCUGCUUGAUGUGUGGGGCCCGAAACAAACUGGGAGAGCCCAAGUGUCGCCAUGGAAGACACCAGGUCCAGAGCCUGUGAGGAGGGAGUGGCAUCAGCAUGGAUGUUAAAGUCCCCCAAUACCAAUAGGUUAGGGAACUCCAAGGCCCAGCCGGCCACCGCCUCCAGCAGGCCUGACAGGGUGGCUGCUGGUGCGCUAGGUGGCCGGUACACCAGCCAGUCAGCCAAGCUCACCUCGGAGCCCCACACUAGGCCAACACAUUCAAUGCCGGGGAUCGAUGGCGAUGGUAGAGCCCUGAAAGGACAAUCUUCCCAGAUUAAUAAUGCCACCCCUCCGCCCCGGCCCACAGUCCGCGACUGGUGGAGGACGGAGAAACCCGGGGGUGCCAUCUCUCGUAAGGUAACAGUUGCCCCUUCGCGCACCCGUCUCCGUCACACAAGCCAGGUCGACCCCCUGCGAGAUAAAGAAAUCUCGCAGGGUGGCGGUUGUAUUGCCUAUAGACCUGGCAUUGCACAGCACCAGUGACGGAGGUGAGUAAAGCACGUUUUAUUUAUGAAGAUAGUACAGAUCCAUAUUUAAAUUUGAACAAAAUGACAUUACCAGGUUAAGCUGUACUUUGCAAAACUAGAAAAUAUAAUAUUCAACUUGAUUUGUAUACGAAACUAGACAUUUUUACAGAACAAAAGGAACAUUAUAACAUCUAACUCCCUUCAGUUCUUCGCCUCUCCCAAGCAUUAAUUAGCAUUGUUCCAUAAUUUGGGACUGCACUUCUUCCCGAGACUCUAAUCCGUUUGCCUCUUAGUUUCAGGUGGUGAUGAAUUGGAAAUGAAGAACAAGGGAGACCACAACGAAAUCCACACAGUGGAGGAGCCAUGUCAGGAUUCAGACUGUGGAGAGAGCUUCAGUCAGAGCUCCCAUUCCACUUCCCAUCAAAGAAAUCCCCUUGAGAAGGAACACUAUCAGUGCUUGGAAUGUGGAAAGAGCUUCACUCGGAGUGCUAAUCUCACUUCCCAUCAAAGGAUUCAUACAGGGGAGAAACCCUUUCAGUGUGUGGAAUGUGGAAAGAGCUUCAAUCAGAAGCCCAAGCUCACUUCACAUCAAAGGAUUCAUACAGGGGAGAAACCCUAUCACUGCUUGGAGUGUGGAAAGAGCUUCACUGAUAGCUCCUCUCUCACCUCCCAUCAAAGAAUUCAUACAGGGGAGAAACCGUAUCAGUGCGUGGAAUGUGGAAAGAGCUUCACUCGGAGUGCCAAUCUCACUUCCCAUCAAAGGAUUCAUACAGGGGAGAAACCCUAUCAGUGCGUGGAAUGUGGAAAAAGCUUCAGGACGAGCUUUGAACUCACUUCCCAUCAAAGGAUUCAUACAGGGGAGAAACCCUAUCAGUGCUUGGAAUGUGGAAAGAGCUUCAGUCACAGGUACAAUCUCACUUCCCAUCGUAGAAUUCAUACAGGGGAGAAACCAUAUCACUGCUUGGAUUGUGGAAAGAGCAUCAGUCGCAGCCACGAUCUCACUUGCCAUCGUAGAAUUCAUACAAGGGAAAAACCAUAUCACUGCUUGGAGUGUGGAAAAAGCUUCAGGAUGCGCUCCGAACUCACUUCCCAUCAAAGGAUUCAUACAGGGGAGAAACCCUUUCAGUGCGUGGAAUGUGAAAAGAGCUUCAUUAGAAAGCAAAGUUUCACUUCACAUCAAAGAAUUCAUACAGGGGAGAAACCCUUUCAGUGCGUGGAAUGUGGAAAGAGCUUCAUUAGAAAGCACAGUUUCACUUCCCAUCAAAGGAUUCAUACAGGGGAGAAACCCUAUCAGUGCUUGGAAUGUGGAAAGAGCUUCAGGACAAGCUCUGAACUCACUUCCCAUCAAAGAAUUCAUACAGGGGAGAAACCAUAUCAGUGUGUGGAAUGUGGAAAGGGAUUCAUUAAUAGUGCUAAACUCACUUCCCAUCAAAGGAUUCAUACAGGGGAGAAACUGUAUCAGUGCGUGGAAUGUGGAAAGAGCUUCACCUGGAAAAUAAGUUUCACUUCCCAUCAAAGAAUUCAUACAGGGGAAAACCCCUAUCAGUGUCUGGAAUGUGGAAAGAGCUUCACCAGGAAAGAAAGUCUCACAGCCCAUCACAAAAUCCAUACUGGGGAGAAACCCUAA